CUCUCCAAAGUGAAACUAAACUUUAGUUGGUGCGUGUUGAGGCGUCUUCACUGAGUUACAUCGAUGAGCCCUGAAAUUAAAGAUAAUCACGUUAAAUCUGAACACAUUUGGAGAAUCUUCAGUGGAAGAGAUGGCCGAGCACAGCCACCGCAACAACAGCUCCCAGAUGAAAGACUUGCUUCAGCCUGAAAGAGAGCACAGCGGCAAAGAAAGCACAAGUCAAGGAGGCGCCUGCUCCCGCUGCUGCUCCUGCUCCUGCUCUUCCUCCUCUGCCUCCACCUCCUCUGCCGUCCCCUCCUCCUCUGCCUCCCCCUACUCCUCCUCUGCCAUCCCUUCCUCCUCUGCCUCCCCCUACUCCUCCUCUGCCAUCCCUUCCUCCUCUGCCUCCCCCUCCUCCUUCUCUACCUCUGCACCCUCCGGUCCUCAGGAUGUAAGUGGUGUACUGGUUGAGGGGGUGGAGGCGGUAAGGACUAAAGUGGAGGACACUUCAUAUCAGCUGGAAGAUCUGAAGCGACUGCGUGACAAGAAGCUGGGACCUCUGGGCUUUAGCAGGACGCACAAUGUCCUCGUAGAUGUGGAUGCUUUCAACUGUGGAGCUGUAAUCAUUGCUCAGAAAGGGAGAGACGUGUGGCUCAGUAACGUGGUGAAAAUGCCGUGUUCACAAGGGAGCACCAUGAUGAAGUCUGGAUUCUUAAAGCAGACCUCCCAGACCAGUAGGUGGGAUGCGAUCUCCAAACAGCUGGGCGCUCUGGCCAAGAAGACGUCAGUGAGCGUCGAUGAAGUGGAGGAAGCGAUCAUCAAAUAUAACCCGAAGUACAAAGGUCAGUGGUCCUUUGACGCCAUCUCCAGCUUUGUUAAGUGUGUCCCGAAAUCAGAAAACUACUUCUCCAAACUGUUUCCAAAGAUGGCUGCGUUGGCCUUGAAGCUGCCUGACUACGUGAAGAAGGCCAUCCCGCUGCUUCAGAGUGGACACACUGCAGCCAUCACGCUGUCACAGGUCCAGAUAUCCUGCCUGCUCGCUAACGCCUUCUUCUGCACCUUCCCUCACCGCAACACCUCCAGCUCCAACGCAGAGUACCACAACUACCCGUCCAUUAACUUCACCAGUCUGUUUGGACAGUGGUCUGAGAGGAAGAAAGAGAAGCUGAGGGCCAUCAUGCAUUACUUUCAUGUGGUCACAGAUGAGAACACUAAACCAAAAGGACUGGUGACGUUUGAGAGGCGCGGUCUCAAAGACACGGACAUCCCCAACUGGAGAAGCUGUAAGGAGACGAUGCCUAAACUGUACGUCACAUCACACGGUACCAUCGAGACUGAAGGUACAGGUAUGCUGCAGGUGGAUUUUGCCGCCAGCAGGAUCGGUGGAGGUGUUCUGGGCUCUGGUCUGGUGCAGGAGGAGAUCUUGUUCCUCAUGAAUCCAGAGCUGAUCGUUUCUCGUCUCUUCACUGAGAAACUCGCCGACAACGAGUGUCUGAUCGUCACAGGCUCUCAGAAGUUCAGCUGUUACUCUGGUUUCGGUGACAGCUUUGAGUGGGCGGGACCUCAUGAGGACCGCCUCGACAGAGACGAGUGGGCUCGACUGAAGAGGCAGAUCUUAGCCAUCGACGCUCUGCACUUCAGACACAGGAGGGACCAGUACAGUAUGAUCAAGAUCACACGGGAGCUCAACAAGGCAUACUGUGGAUUCAAGGGUCACGGCCACAACGAGCCCAACAUCGCCACCGGGAAGUGGGGCUGUGGAGCUUUCAACGGAGACCCACAGCUCAAAGCUGUGAUCCAGCUGAUGGCAGCAGCCAAGGCCAAGAGAGGUCUGGCCUUCUUCACCUUUCAGGAUGAGCAGCUGAAGCAGGGCCUGCAGCAGUUGUACCACCUGCUGGUCACAGAGGGAACUACAGUUGAGAAGCUGUACGGACUCCUGGAGGACUACUGUGCUGCUCAGCUGGCGUCCGGCUGGUCACAUGUGGACCUGUUUGAGUUCAUCAGGAACACCGUCAGACCUUCGAGGAGUCUGCUGUGACGACAUCUCGUCUAAGUCUGCAUCUGAAUUUGCACUUAAAUCUGACACGACAGAAAUGAUGACGUUGCUAUUUAAUUUUCUUUUUUUUGUAAAGAUCACAGGUAUUACUUUUUUCAUUUUUACCCUAAUUUGAUUGAUGACAGUGUGUAGCAGUGCAGCAGCUGUGUGUUAGUGAGUCCUCAGAAACUGUAACUCAGACAUGGGCCGUGAAAACAUGAUGAUUGAUAAUGUUCACUGAAAACCAUCUUGUGCUGUCGUAAUUUAAGAGGGUUUAAACCUGCUGCUGCUCUUAAAGCUUCCUGAACUGUAAGGAUUAAAGUCGAUUAAAAUGAGCAAAUGAAGUUGGUUUUAUCACCUCCUCUCUUUAUCUGUCUGGACGUGUGUGUCUGGACAGUCAGAGGAAACUUAUCAGAAAGAAUAAAUCAAAGUGAAACUGAAAUCAAACACCCUGAUCA